AUGGUCACCUGGACCGACCCCAAGCUGCAGACCCCCAUGUACUUCCUGCUCAGCCAGCUCUCCUGCGUGGACAUGGCCUUUGCCUCCAACACUGUCCCACCGUUCCUGGUCCACAUGUUCUUCAAGCGUAAUGCCAUCCCUUAUGACAGCUGCUUUGUCCAGAUGACCUUUACCCUGGCUGCGGGCAGCAUGGAGGGCUACUUCUUGGCUACCAUGACCUAUGACUGCUAUGUGGCCAACUGCAGGCCCUAUGCACUAUGUGGCAGUCAUGACCCAGUUGUUCUGCGUGUGCAUAGUGGCUGGGUCCUGGUGACCCUCCUCCGUUCCCUGCAUGCCAUCCAGUUGUCCCUGGCGUCCUACUGCAACAAUUGCAAACUGCACUUCUUCUGUGAUAUCCCCUUCCUGGUGUCACUUGACUGCCCCAAGCCUUUUCUCAAUGACCUGGUGCUUUUCAUGGAGGGCAUCAGCGUGGUCAUCUCCCCUUUACUCUUCAUCUUGGCCUCCUAUGCCUGCAACGGGGCUGCUGUGCUAAGCAUGCGCUUAGCUGCCGGGCUACACAAGACCAUGUCCACCUGUGGCUCUCACGUGCUAGUGGUGAUGCUGUUCUUUGGCACAGUGAUCGACCUCCUGGAACAGAACUGGCACGUUGCCAUCUUCCACACGGUGGCAUCACCCAUGCUGAACUGGCUCAUCUACAGCCUGCGGAAUCGCAAAAUCCAGGAAACUAUGCACAGGCUUCUGAGAAAGGGCCUUCAGGGGUCCAGAUAA